AUGUCGCCCAUCUCCGUCUUCCGCGUCGCGACCCGCGCCGUCCGCCCUUCCGGCUUCAUCAGAGCUGCUCAAUUGCCCCGUCCCCGGGUGCAGGCCCCCGUUGCUCUGGCUAUCGCCCGUCCCAGCUUCAGCACCUCCGCUAAGCGCUUCGGCGGUCACCACGAGGACGAGACAUACGAGGAGUUCUCUGCCAGAUUCGAGAAGGAAUUCGACGGUGUCCAGGAUGUCUUCGAGCUCCAGCGUAAUCUCAACAACUGCUUCGCCUACGAUCUCGUUCCCUCCGUUGAGGUCCUCACCGCUGCUCUGAAGGCUGCUCGUCGCGUCAACGACUACCCCACCGCUGUCCGGAUCUUCGAGGGUGUCAAGGCCAAGGUCGAGACCCAGGAGCAGUACAAGCAAUACCUUGAGGCCCUUGAGGGUCUCCGCCAGGAGCUGGGUGUUGCUCUCCGUGAGGAGCUCUACCCCGAGGAGGCGUAA